CAGCUGGGACAGGAACCAGCUUGUUAUAUUAUUCCCUCCCCUCUCUCUCUUCGUCUGCUUCGCUUGGUCCUUGUCCUGGUCCACAAUCUCGCUUGGGAAAACUCCUUUCAUUACGUGCAGACUUUGGUGUCAUAACUUGGACCAAAGUCGAAGCUUAGAACAAAUAUUUACUCGUUACCGUGAUAACCGUUUCGACGUACAACACACUAGAGAAAACAGAAGAACCCGUACCUGAAAAAGAAAAGCCAUCCAACAUGGAAACAGCCAAAAACGCAAUCAACAACUUGAUGGGUUACAACAAGGAGGAGGAUGCCUCUACCACAGGCACCACUUCCGCUGCCGAUACCACCGCCCACCAUACCACAGAUCGCACUGGCGAUGAUACUUUAGGCCACAAUUCCUCAAACAUAGGGUCUGCCACUGCUCAUCAUGCCACCACGACCGGGACGACCUCUGCCGCGAACACCGGUGGAAUGACUGGGACGCACUCAGAUGCCAGCACCGGUGCUGCGACCUACGGAACCUCGACGGGUGCAGCCUCUACGGGUAGAGACACUGGCGCCACGACCGGAACGCACGCAGAUGGCAGAACCGGUGCUGCGACCUACGGAACCUCGACGGGUGCAUCCUCUACGGGUAGAGACACUGGCGCCACGACCGGAACGCACGCAGAUGGCAGAACCGGUGCCGCGACUUCUGGCACCUCCUCCACCGGUGCCGACACUGGUGCACCGACCGGUUCUUCCCAUACUGGCACCGAACACAACAAAUCUGCCACCGACAGCACCGAGCACAAGUCCGGCCUCCACCUCCACAACCCUCUGCACCACCACAAGUCCCACGAAACAAGCGGCGGCGGCGGCGACGACUCGUUGGAGUCGGGACACUCCCACGCACAGUCCCCCAGUCAAGGGCGGGACCCGGCCGUCGUGGGCGAGGACGGGACCGGGAGGAAACUGACCGGCACCGCGGCACCGGGCUCGCACUCUGCCGUCUUUGGCCUGACCCCGUCCGGUGAAAAGGUGACGGACACCAAGCCGGGUUCGGGGACCGUCAAGCCCGCCACCGAGCUGGGAAAGUCGAGCAAAGAGAGCCGCGGUGGUAGCAGAUCAGACGACAGGGACCUGGGCAGCAGGGACCUGGGCGGUGGUGACACUUCGUCGCGGGCGCCGGCCGGAGGUAAAGAGUUGGGCGAACAGAUGCACAACCCCGCCGACCAGGGACCAAAGGGCCUGGAGCGGACCGACCCCGUGACGAGCAUGGGCGCUUCGGACUCGGACAAGCCUGGCGCCGGGGGCGUCGGGUUGCACCAAGGCACGGGUGACGUCCGACCCGGAGAGAGAGGCGGCGAUGCUUGAGAAGGCUCCCCCCCUCUGACUGAGGGAACGAACCUUGGGAAUUUCUGGGUUAGAGGUCAAGAAUGAGUGGACGCACGUUAGAUUGGACCGGGGCGAGUGGUUCUGUGGUCUGCUGAAAGUGUUCUGACAAUCGACUUUGCAAGUAUCAGGUUCACGAGUUCAUGUACAAUUAUUGAUUCUUUUUUCUCCGCUGCAUUGCUUUGAACUGGCCGUCGGGUUGGUCAUCAUCCGUCGUUUUGUUCGUAUGAUGUCAAUGCAGAAUCUGGACAUAUACGGACGGUCGUCGAAAGUUCUAUUCUGUAGUGUGUGUAUCAACAUCAUGUAUAAAG